AUGGCAUCCUCGGCUGGCUCGUCUAUCACCAUCGGCUGUUUUAUCGGUUCAGAAAAGAUGAUCACAACUUUAAAACAUCACUCGCUUCGGACAACCCUCGUCGGAGUCAAAACUGGUGGAGUGACGCAAUAUCGCGGAAUACCCUACGGCCAGAUUCCGCAACGAUUCGCCGCAGCCAAGAAGAUCCAUGAUUACCCUGGAGAGUUGAAUUGCACAACGUUUGGUCCUCGAUGUCCUCAAGUUCCGGUUGACGUCGGUCACUUGUUACGUGUACCGCCUCACCAUGAAUUUCCACACGAACCUGAAGAUGAGUUCAGGUGUAUAAACCUGGACGUUAUUGUGCCAAAUUUCGAUACUCUAAACUAUUCUGAAAAACUACCUGUAAUUGUUUGGAUACAUGGGGGAUCUCAAGCUGUUACGUUUGCGAGCGCCGCGUCUGGCAUCUGCGACAUGGCAACUAUUGUAGCGGAUUCAAUCCGCCUUGGUACUCCAAUUAUAGCAGUUUCUAUCCAGUAUCGACUCAAUGUCUUUGCCCUCGGAAAUAAAAAUGGACCUCCAAACCUUGCUUUACGCGAUCAGGCGCUAGCUCUGGAAUGGGUUCAAGACCACAUCGCAGAUUUCGGUGGUGACCCAAAAAAGAUUACAUUGACCGGAGAAAGCGCCGGCGCAGUUUACUGUCACGCUCAUAUUGUAACCCAAGCUCCAGUAAAUCAGUUCAUCCUGUCUUCAGGAUCCUUGUUUCUAUCGCCUCCCCAACCACCGCAAGCGGUUUCAGCCCUUCGCGACAAGGUUUCGAAACAGUUUCAGGGGAUCGACGCUACCGUGGACUUGGAAACUGCGCCGGUGGACAAAAUUGUCGAAGCUGUGAAACAAUCUGGCUUGCAAUCGUUUUUCCUCGAAUGGGAGGAUAGGUUUGAUGGAUGGCAAACAAGUACUGGUGAAGCGGGAGCAUUGCUACUUAGUGACGUGCAGAAGGAGGCAGCUAUUUGGCAAGCCGGAAUCUUGGAAACAAAGAUCGAUGACAUAGCGGGCGCUUUCGAUGCUGCAGGUGAACACAGCCAGGAACUAAAGCAGCUGUAUCACAUAUAUCCAGAAAGACCUUCGUCGUGUAAGACGGGUGCGCUGGAUUUUAUUAACGACUGCAGAUUCGUGCUUCCUAUUCAUCAUUUGCAGCAACUCUGGACAGAUGCACAAAAACCUGUGUAUAGAUGUCUCAUUGAUGAGUCAAAUCCAUGGCAACCAUCAAGUGGAGCGCACCAUGCAGUAGACUUGGUAUUGUUGUUCCGAGGUCUGGACAUAAGUCUUAUACCUGCUGCUGAAAGAACUGGGAAGGCUUUACGAGAAGCAUGGAUCAGGUUUGUGAACUCGAAUGAGCCUUGGCCAAAUGCAUCAUCGUCAGCUUAUGGCUUUGGACCUCAUGGAGUGUGCAAGGAGCUAGAGGACUGGGAGGUGCAGUCACGCCGAAGAGAAAUGGAAACGAACAAACUACGAGACAUGGACUCUACUCUACUUGGCAAGGCAUUCUUCAGUCUUGCUGCUGGAAAGGUCAGCUUGUUGAACUAA